GUGCGCAUAUGUGUGCGAGCACAUGGCGCUCCUGGGAGGGCUAUCGGAGACGGUGCACCCGGGAGGGGAACGGCUGGCUCCCCAAGCCCUGUCCCCAGGCCUGGCCUGGCCCUCGGUCCCUUCCCUCAGAUAAUCCUAUCACGCAAACCUUGGGAGGGACCGGAGGAGGGCCGCGGGGCAGUGGGACCCAGAAGGGAUCUCGGACCCUUGGCCCCAUCCAGCCUGUUCAUUUUGUAGAUGAAGAAACCCAGGCUCAGAGGGGUGCAGUGACUGGCCCAGGGUCACAGAUCUAGAAACCCGAACUCCUCACCUGCAAAUCAGUGCUGCUAGGAGCCCUUGCCACGUUGGCCAGGACAGCGGCAGGGCUGUGGCCUGUGCAGAAGCAAAGAACUGGGAGAGGCAUGGUCAGAAAGACCGAAAGAGACACCCGAAGAACCUCCCAGAACAGAGGAAGAAGGUUCUGAAAAGACUUGAAGAAACUGACAAACCUGGAUGGCUACCCCUGACCAGAGCGUGGUCUCUAGAGCCCAGAAACCUGCGCAGGGACCGAAGGGGUGUGGGGCCCGCCUGGGUCCCCUAGACAACCUGGAGAGUAAGGAGACCCAGGAGCUGGUGCCGGCAGAGCUGGACAUGCUGAGGAAGGCACAGGAAUUCUUCCAGACCUGUGACGUGGAGGGCAAGGGCUUCAUCGCCAGGCGGGAUAUGCAGAGGCUCCACGCGGAGUUGCCACUCAGCCUGGAGGAACUGGAAGAUGUGUUUGAUGCCCUGGACGCGGAUGGCAACGGCUAUCUGACCCCAGAGGAGUUCACCACUGGUUUUAGUCACUUCUUCUUCAGCCAGAAUGAGCCAAGUGAGGAAGAUGCAGGUGAACAGAUGUCCCAGCUCCAGGAAGAGAAGGUGUACCAGUCCAGAGGGGAAGAGGACCUGGGCGACUUGGACGAAGAUGAGGAAGCCCAGUUCCAGAUGCUGAUGGACAGACUUGGAGCCCAGAAGGUUCUGGAAGAUGAAAGCGAUGUCAAGCAACUCUGGCUGCAGCUGAAGAAGGACGAACCUCACUUACUGUCCAACUUCGAGGAUUUUCUGACCAGAAUCUUCUCGCAGCUCCAAGAAGCCCACGAGGAGAAGAACGAACUGGAGUGCGCCCUGAAAAAGAAAAUUGCUGCUUAUGAUGAAGAAAUCCAGCAUCUCUAUGAGGAGAUGGAACAGCAAAUCAAAAGUGAGAAGGAGCAGUUUCUGCUAAAGGACACGGAGAGGUUCCAGGCCCGCAGUCAGAAGCUGGAACACAGGCUGUUAUCUAAGGAGCGGGAGCUGGAGCAGCUCAUCCAGAAGCAGAAGCGGCUGGAAGGCCAGUGCACAGCCCUCCAUAAUGACAAGCAUGAAACCACGGUGGAGAAUACCAAGCUGAAACUCACCAACCAGGAGCUGGCCCAGGAGCUGGAGCGCACCUCCCGGGAGCUGCAGGAUGCCCAGCAACAACUGGAAAGCCUCCAGCAAGAGGCCUGCAAACUCCAGCAGGAGAAGGAAAUGGAAGUGUACCGCGUGACAGAGAGUCUGCAGCGUGAGAAGUCGGGGCUCCUGAAGCAGCUGGAUUUUCUGAGGGAAAGGAACAAGCACCUUCGGGAUGAACGGGACAUAUGUUUUCAGAAAGAUAAGGCAGCCAAGGCAAACACAGCUGCUCCCAAGGCAAGCUGGAAACAGAGAUCUGGCUCUGUGAUAGGCAAAUAUAUGGACAGCAGAGGGAUUCUUAGAAGCCAGUCAGAGGAGGAAGAAGAUGUGUUUGGCGUGACAAGGAGGAGAAGCUCCCUGGGGCUGAGUGGAUAUCCCCUUACAGAGGAGGAGCCAGAGGCCAGGGAGCCGCACCAGGGAGCUCUCCGCAGAAUCAUCUCCAUUGAAGAAGACCCCCUGCCCCAGCUCCUAGACGGCAGCUUCCAGCCGCCGCUGAGCAAAUGCCCAGAAGAAGAGGACGUGUCCGACCAGAGGUUCGAAGGACAAACCCAGCAGGUCCGACCUUCUCCGCUGGAACUCAUACCCACAUCUCCCCGAGGACAGCCUGUUGGGAAAGAAGCUCUGUCUCAGGAGGAAGGCUCUUCCUCCACCCCAGACCGUCUCUUCAAGAUCGUGUUUGUGGGCAACUCCGCCGUGGGGAAGACGUCCUUCCUGAGGAGGUUCUGUGAGGACCGGUUCUCCCCGGGCAUGACAGCCACUGUGGAUGGGUCUCUUCUCACAUGCUUCAGGAUGCCAUUCUUCUUACUGCUGGACCUUUUCCUAUGCUGUUAUAAUAUCUGGAACAUCCUCCUGUCCCCUCCCUUCUGCCUCAUUCCACCCAAAGACGGAGAGCAUCCCCAGAUGAAGAGGAAGAAGGGCAGAGCCUGUGAACCAAGCCCAGAAGAGCCUGGCCUUGUUUGGCCUGGAGAGGAAUGGCUGGGACUGCUGUUGCUGUCCCUACCUAAGCCCUCCAAGGCGAGGGUCUCAGAAACUGAGCCUUUUGGAGUUGAUAGGAGAUGCCUUCUGGCUCCAGGAUCUGGCACCUUAAGGGGGAAAGGCUUUUCGAACCUCCGCAUUGAUUACCGUGUGAAGACCGUGCGUGUGGAUGACACUCAGGUGGCCCUGCAGCUGUGGGACACAGCCGGGCAGGAGAGGUAUCGUUGCAUCACCCAGCAGUUCUUCAGAAAGGCCGAUGGUGUCAUUGUCAUGUAUGACCUCACAGCCAAACAGUCCUUCCUAUCGGUCCGGCAUUGGCUGAGCAGCGUGGAGGAAGCUGUGGGAGACUGCAUCCCCGUCCUCCUGCUGGGCAAUAAGAUUGACAAUGAGAAAGAGCGGGAAGUUCCCCGGGGCCUCGGAGAGCAGCUUGCCAAGGAGAACAAUCUGAUCUUCUAUGAAUGCAGUGCCUAUUCUGGUCACAACACCAAAGAGUCGCUGCUCCAUCUGGCCAGGGUCCUCCAGGAGCACGAAGACACAGUGAGGGAGGACACUGUCCAGGUUGACCGCCCUGCCAAGAAGAAACCCUGCUGUGGCUGACGGCGGCCUCCCAGGAACGCUCCACCCAGGCCUGAGGUCCCAGGGCCUACCCUGCGUCCCGCACAGAUGCUUUCCCAAGGCCCACCAAGAACUCGGUCCUUGCAGUGACUUACUGCCCCCCGCCCCCAAAGGAAGGGGAGCACAUCCAGUCAGGAAAGCUGCUCUUGGAG